AUGAUGGGUCUCUCUUCGGUCCUUACGACCACACUCCUGGCCCUGCGCCUCUUCUCUCUGGACGCUCUUGCAGCUCCUGCACCCGUGCCGGCACCCAUUCCCCAGGCCGCUACCCCCAAUGCCGCCUCCGGCUUUUGGGUCGCGUCGAUCGAGCGCCGCGGCGUGUCUGCCUUUGGCGACGCCAACUACAAGAUCUACCGCAACGUGAAGGAUUACGGUGCCAAGGGCGAUGGAUCCAGCGACGAUACCGUGGCUAUCCAGGCCGCGAUGGACGAUGGCAACCGCUGCGGCUUCGGCUGUGACUCCCAGACCACCACGCCUGCUCUUGUCUACUUCCCUGCCGGCACCUACGUCGUCAGCAAGCCCAUCGUCAUGAAGUACUACACCCACAUGGUUGGAGAUGCCACUGCCCUCCCCACGAUCAAGGCCGCUGCGAGCUUCACCGGCAUGGCUGUGAUUGAUGCCGACCCGUACGACAACCAGGGUAACAACGCGCACACCAACCAGAACAACUUCUGGAAGCUUGUCCGCAACUUCAACAUCGACCUGACUGGUAUGCCGUUCACCUCUGGUGCUGGUAUCCACUGGCAGGUUGCCCAGGCCACCAGCCUGCAGAACAUUGUCUUCAACAUGCGUACCGACGGCGGCGAUGCCAACGUCCAGCAGGGAAUCUUCAUCGACAACGGCUCCGGUGGCUUCAUGACCGACUUGACGUUUAACGGUGGCAAGUACGGCGCCUUUGUGGGAUCGCAGCAGUUCACCACGCGUAACAUGACUUUCAACAACUGCAAGACUGCUGUCUACAUGAACUGGAACUGGCUCUGGACCUUGCAGGAUCUCAAGAUCAACAACUGCGGCGUCGGUAUCGACAUGUCCAACGGUGGCGCCACCUCGCAGACCGUCGGCUCCGUUCUCCUCCUCGACAGCGUCAUCAGCAACACCCCCGUCGGUGUCUUGACUGCUUACAACCCGGCUUCGACCGCCACCAACGGCAGCUUGGUGCUCGACAACGUUGACAUGUCAUCCAACGUCCCGGCCGCCGUCCAGAUCGUCGACACCAAGACGACCGUCCUGCCAGGCAACCAGAAGGUAGCGUCCUUCAUCCAGGGCAAGGCCUACAGCGGCGCCGCCGGCAACGGCAAGGCCAUCCAGAACGCUCAGGAAGGCAUCGUCAAGCCCCCCGUUCUCCUCGGUGCCGAUGGCAAGGUCGUCACCCGCAGCAAGCCUCAGUACGAGAACGUUCCGGCCAGCUCGUUCCUCAGUGCCAAGGCCAACGGCUGCAAGGGCGACGGUAAGAGCGACGACACGGCGGCCAUCCAGGCACUGUUUAACAAAGCGGGUCCCAACGACAUUGUCUACUUUGAUCACGGCGCCUACAUCAUCUCGGAUACCAUCGAGGUGCCCAAGGACAUCAAGAUCACCGGCGAGGUCUGGCCUCUCCUGAUGGCCAACGGUGCCGCUUUCAAGGACCAGGCCAACCCCAAGGUCAUGCUUCGCGUCGGCAAGCCGGGCGACGUCGGCACCUUUGAGAUGAGCGACAUCAUCCUCCAGACCCAGGGCCCUCAGCCGGGCGCCAUCCUCAUGGAGUACAACAUUGCGGGAUCCACCCCCGGUGCCGCCGGUCUCUGGGACGUCCACUGGCGUAUCGGAGGCAGCGCCGGAACGCAGCUGCAGUCGGAUAAGUGCGCAAAGAACCCCAAUGUCACGACCACCGCCAACCCCGAGUGCAUGGGUGCUUACCUGCUCAUCCACAUGACCCCCGAGUCGUCAGGCUACUUUGAGAACACGUGGUGGUGGGUUGCUGACCACGAGCUCGACCUCCCGGACCGCAAGGCGCAGAUCAACGUCUACAACGGCCGCGGCGUCCUCUGCGAGGCGACCAAGGGCACCUGGUUCUGGGGCACCGCCUCGGAGCACAGCGUCCUGUACAACUACCAGUUCAACAAGGCGUCCAACGUCUACAUGGCGCACAUCCAGACCGAGACGGCGUACUACCAGGGCAACCCGGACGCCAGGACGCCCUUCACGGUCAACGAGGCCAUCCUCGACCCCAACUUUGAGACCUUCUGCGCCGGCCAGGGCGACAAGUGCGCGCGCACCUGGGGCGUCCGCGCCAUCGACUCCAAGGACAUCCUCAUCUACGGCGCCGGGCUCUACUCCUUCUUCGACAACUACGACCAGGUGUGCGUCGGGGAGAACAACUGCCAGGACCACAUGGUCUCGCUUGAGAACAGCGACAUCAAGUUCUUCGGCCUCAGCACCAAGGCGUCCAUCAACAUGGUGACGGUCAACGGCAAGAGCGCGGCGCUCGACAGCGACAACCGCAACAACUUCUGCGCCACCGUCGCCUUCUUCCAGGCGCCCCUCUAG